AUGAACUAGUUUGAGAUUGAGACAAAGAAAUUUAUUGAAGAAUUAAAAAAUGGUGUUAGUAACAUAUUGGUAUAAUUGCGUCUUUGAUCUUCAGGUAGCCAUUAGAGUCAGACCUUUAAGUUAGAAGGAAAGAAGCCUAUCAGAGUUUGAGACGAUUAGAAUUUUGGAUAAUAAGAUGAUUGUCCUUAUGGAUCCUGAAUAAGAAAGAGAAGAGGAUGUAUUACGAUAGAUUACAAUAGUUAUUAAGAAAAAAUAGACUUAAAGAAACUAAUUUUGCAUUUGAUUUUGUUUUUGAUUAAUGGGCUCCUUAAUAGAUGAUUUAUGAAAAUACUACGGAAUUUCUAUUGGAGGGAGUAUUAGAGGGUUACAAUACAACAGUAUUUUGCUAUGGAGCUACAGGUUCAGGAAAAACGUUUACGUAAAUUGCAUCUAUAAUAAUUAGUAUGAUAGGUAACCAACAGGAUGUGGGACUGAUGCCAAGAGCAUUACAACAACUAUUUAACUUUUCAAUAUAAGAUCGAUUUAAAAAUACAUAGUUUAAAGUUUGUUAUGUUGAGAUUUACAAUGAGAAUAUAAAAGAUCUUUUAACCUCUGAGGAUAAAAACCUAGAAAUAAGAGAAGAUAAAAAUAAUGGUAUAUAAAUAGCUGGAGUGACAGAAGUGGAAGUUAAAACAGUUUCAGAAGUCUUGGCACUUCUCAAAGUUGGCAACAAAAAUCGCUCUAAAGAAGCAACCGAUGCAAACAAGGAAUCCUCAAGAUCUCACGCAAUUCUAUAACUCUAAGUUGAAAGUAAAGAUAGAGCAGGUGGACUAUAAGAAUAAGUUAUAUAAAGUAAAUUUAGCUUAGUUGACUUGGCUGGGAGUGAAAGAGCAGCAAAUACAAAUAACAAAGGUCAAAGAAUGAUUGAAGGAGCUAAUAUUAACAAAUCCUUAUUAGUUUUAGGCAAUUGUAUUUAAUCACUAUCAGAAGCAAAUGAAAAAGGUAUAAAAAAUCCAUUUAUACCCUUUCGUAAUUCAAAACUAACUCGUCUUCUCAAGGAUUCUUUGGGAGGAAAUUGCCGAACAGUUAUGAUAUCUAAUGUAACACCUGCUGUUAGUUGUUUUGAAGAAACCUAUAACACUUUAGUUUAUGCAAAUAGAGCUAAGAAUAUCAAGACAGUUGCUAGUCGAAAUGUCUUGAUGGCCUAAAACCAUAUAAGCAAUUAUGCUCAAUUGAUUUAAAAUUUACGAUAGGAAAAUGAGGAACUAAAAUAGUUAAUUCAAUAGCAAUAACAGAAUCAAAACACUCACCAGUUAAGUAUAAUUUGAAAUACAAAUCUUAGAGCUACCAUUAAUGAAUUAAAAGAAUCAUCCAGUUCCUCAAAUAAGUUUAAAAUAGUAGGCAAAAUAAUUAGAAUCCAUUAUAAACUAAAAUGUUGAAGAUAUCACAGAAACAAAAAAUAAAAUAUACGAAAUGGAGGAACAAUUAAAUCAUUUUUAAUAAAAUAUUGGGUUUCUCUAAUUUUAAAAAGGUAGAACAUAAGACAAAUUCGAAUAAAUGAGAUUGCAAGAGAGAAUGGAUAAUGCAAAAACUUAAAAAACUAUAAUAAAAAGAAGCUAGGAGGAUCUGGAGGAGUAAUUAUUAGAAUAUGAGAUGCAAAAGGUUGAUGUAUAAAAAUAGAUUUAAUAAAUUCAAGAUUCAAAUUACAAGAACUAUUUAAAUGGAAUUAUGAAAUAAGGCGAUUUUAAAAUUGUAAAUAUAAAACAAUAAAUUUAGGAAACUAUUGAGAUAAAAAUUUAAGAAAAGAAAAGGAGAUAUUAAGAAUAAAUUUAAGAUGAAUAAGUUAAAUAAUUAAGAACAUAGAUUAAUAAAUAAUAAGUUAAAAUUGCUUAAAGUGCUAAAUAAAAACCGAAUGGAUCUAAAAAAGGUAAUCUAAUGUAUCCAAUAUUCAUAAGUACCAAGCCUGCCUGGCGUUGAUUCCCCUUAUUACUCAUUAAAAGGUGGAUAAACUUAUAGUAUUUCUAGGUAAAAUAUUCUUUAAAAUAGAUAUCAAAAAAAUAAUUCCCAUUUAAAACUUCCUCCAGUUUAGAUUAACUCAAUAAAUAAAUCCCCAAUAAAUUAAUAUACAAGUCCUAGUAUUAUUUUACUUAUAAUUAGAUAAAAUUAAUGAUCCAACGAAAUAUAGACUAGAAUAAAAAUACUCUUCUCGAUUGAAUCGCCCUCCUUCUUUUCACCCUCCAAGUUCCCAAAGUAAAUCUGCUAAAGGGAAAUAUGUGAAUCGUUCAUUAGAUAUAGAAUAAGUUAGUGAAAGUGUUAAUAAGAAUUCUGUCGAUGUACAGAAUGAUAUUAGUUUAAGAAAGCUACAUAGGCUUAGAUAAGAAUACUAAUAAUAAAGAUUUGAAAAGGCUAUGAAUAAUAAAUCUAACUAAAAAUCAAUGCCUUCUUUUGGUAAUAAAAUUUUGCUUCCAGGAAUGGUUCAUAAGUCCCCUUAUGUUAGAAACUUUUAAAAUAAUAUUGAGCCUAUUGAAUUAAAAAAAGAGAGGCUCAAAAUGUGGAAUAUCAAUCAAAAGGGGCAAGCAGGUGAUAAAUUUUAACUUUAUAAUUGA